AUGGAUAUCGAAGAAUGUAUACCGGAGAAGAAAAGUCCCGAACCAGGGCAAUCAUCCGCAGCUCCAAAGGAUGGAGCCAGUCCAUUGUUUCUAAGCCUGGUUGAAUCGGCCCUACUAGAAGGGCGUUCUCACAGCAUCGUAGAAAGCUUCGUGCGUGAUAAUCGUUUUCGGAAAAAGAAUAUCCCACUAAACUAUGCGGAAGAUAAGGAGCGGAUACGCGUUUGCUUGAACAACGCAGACAAAAGGAUUGCCGAGCUGAUGCGCGAUGGGCUGGAACUGAUAGAGGAUGUGCGCGUGGCAAGCGAUCGGCACGAAGUGGACCGUCGUAUGGCUGAGGCGGACAUUAAAGAAAAUCUCCUGAGCAAGAUUCAUACGGAAUCAGUAGAUUCGGUUGCAAAAUUUCAAACCACCUACGAAAAGUGGACCGAAAUUAAGGAACUGAAAGAUCCCAUGCUGAUGAACGAUGAGCUUCAGCUGCAAAAGAACCGUGUGGAGGAGUUGUUGAAACAGAAGGACAUCAUCAUAGCCGAAUGUCGCAAGGAACUGCAGGCAGCCGACGAUCGGUACGCCCGGGAUAUACGCAAGCAAAUCGUCGAUAUUCAGAGCCUUGUUCAUCGUGCCGAUACGGAGGUGGAGGCUAUGAAAAGCAUCCUGAAGGAAAACUUGGAUCUGAUUCAAGGAACAGUCGAGGAAGAGCGGGUCAUUCUACAGAAUGCUGCCAAUUUUAAUUGGAAUGAUGUGUACGCCAAGCGGGCCACUAAUGAGCGGAUUAAAGUAAAGCAGAAGAAGGAACGGCUGUUGGCAAAUCUGACCGAAAUCGAACAAAUAGAGCUGGAUUAUGUGGAGACAACGCGUGCCACACGAAUAAAGCUAGACAAGGACACUCAAGCGCUGGCAAUAGAGCUGCAGAAGAUUAAAACCAACACAACGCUCAACUCGGAAAAGCUGGACUACAGUUUCCAGGUGUUGAAAAAGCGGGAAGACGAAAAUUUGAUGGUAAAGAAUGCACAGAAGCGCCGUCUUGCCAAACUGCACGAAACCAUCUUUACGCUGCGCAAUAAGCUGAAAGACACGAAAACAACCUAUUACAUCGAGACGGAAAAGAUGGCAAAAAUGAUUGAAAAAUUGCAUCACAGCGUAGAUCACAUCAGGAGCAAACUAGAAAGCUCAAAGAAAGCGUACGAUAAAAGGGUUCGCGCAAUUUGGAACUUGAAUCGGGAUGAAUGCUUUGAAAUUAUCCAAAACAUAUCGGCCAUCGAUAAAAUACUCGUCGAGCAACAUCUUAACCGGAAGUGGACCAACAACCUGGGUGCCAUAUCGGAUUUGCUGUACAAUUAUGAUCCUUUGUGUACGCCCAAGCUACCCAGCACUGCCAGAACCAAACGAAGCUUAACCAACUCGAAAGAAGACCAACAGCACGAUUUCUGCCGUUUGAAGAAUUUGCUAGAGCAAUCGCGAUUUUUAAGCGACAAAAAGCUGGAGGUUGCUUUAAAGGAUCGGCAGAUUGAUGGCUGCGGUAUGACACUAAUCUGUAUGGACAACGUUUUGAAUGCACUAGGCAUCGAUAGCAUGGAUGGUGUGCGUCACCUGCAGUCCACCCACUCGGAAGUUCAAAAUUGUAACAACCUCGACGAGGCCUGCAGUUCGUCCGAGAUAUCUUCGAUCGAUAAUAAAGAGAUCGAAGUGAAUCAAAAAGCUCUGACCACUUCACGGGAUCUUUUGGCUCUAAAAAUGUUCUGUGAAAAUGAUGAUGAGGCGUUACAUUCUCAAACGGAAGCUAAACCCGAACCAAAGCUAACCUUAUCCGAUACUCGCAAAUUUUGGUCCUCUUUUAAGAACAUUUUCUUGCCAAAUCAGAUGAAAGUUUGGGACACCAUGGAGGAAAGUUUGGGCAAGUAUUUGCAGGUUCUGCGUGAGCGGCAAUCCCUGGACGAAGAGUGCAGUUUCUUGAGAAAGCAAAACCAAGAGCUGCAACAUAUUAUGCAGAAAAUGCUUAUCAAACCGUUGAACGAUGAUUUUUAGAACCCG